AUGUUGUGGUUAAUUCUGGGACUGUCAGCUGCCCCUUGUAAAGUCUGCUGUUUAACAUUUAACAUUGGACUAAUAGGACCAUGGAGGUGUGAUCCUUUAUUUUCCAAAGCCCUUCCUCAUGUGGCUGCAAAGCUUGCUGUAGACAGGAUUAACAAAGACCCAUCCUUAGACCUUAGAUACUGGUUCGACUACAUCUUACUUGAAGAGGACUGCGAAACAUCAAAGGCACUAUCUGGAUUUACUGGCUAUGAAAGGAUCUCAUCAGCAUUUCUAGGUCCUAUGAGCCCUGGCUACUGUGACGGUGCUGCACUUUUAGGGAAAAACUGGAACAAGGCAAUAUUUUCAUGGACAUGCACAAACUACGAGCUUGACAAUGCAAACUAUUACCCAACAUUUUCAAGAACGUUGCCCUCACCCUCAAGAGUUCUGUUUAGUAUAAUGAAAUAUUUUGGUUGGGCUCAUGUUGCUGUUAUUUCUUCCAAUGAGGAUAUUUGGGUCGCUACUGCCAGCAAAGUUGCCAAUGCUCUAAGGAACUAUGGACUUCCUGUUGGAAUUGUUUCCGCAAUGGGAAGUAAUGGUCAGGAAAUUAGAAGAACUUUAGAGAAGAUCAAAGCAACUGAUGAUGUCAGAAUCAUUCUGAUGUGCAUGCAUUCAGUCCUCAUUGGAGGGCAGGAACAAGCCUCUUUCCUGGAAGAGGCUCAUGACAUGGGACUGACAGAUGGUAGAUAUGUAUUUGCACCUUAUGAUACCUUACUCUACAGUCUUCCUUAUGAUAACUAUUCAUUCUCCGCACUGCUUAAUAACCAAAAGGUGAGGGAAGCAUAUGACUCUGUACUGACAAUUACUGUGGAAUCAGAGGGCAAGUCAUUCCAUGAAGCCUUCAGAGAAGCUAAAGACAAUCAUGAAAUUGCAACAGCUUUGGAACCUGAGCAGGUUUCACCCCUGUUUGGAACCAUCUAUAAUGGGAUGUAUUUUAUUGCAGCAGCAGUACUUAAUGCUCAAAGUCAUGGAGUCUGGAUUUCCGGAACUAAUCUUGCCAAUUUCUCAAAAAAAAUUGAGUUUCGUGGGUUCAACCAAAGGAUUCAUACUGACAGCAACGGAGCUGGAUUGACUAAUUACAUUGUUCUUGAUGCAGAUGGAACUGGAGAUCAGCUUUAUAGAACUUACAAAAUCGAUAUGCCUUCAGAGACGGUGCAGCUCCUGGGCAAGACGAUUCGAUUCCCAGGCGGAACUCCUCCAAAGGCCGACUCCGAUUGCUGGUUUGAUCCUCACACUGUUUGCACUGGAGGUGUGGAACCAGUACUUGUGGUGGUGGUCUUUCUCUUAAUCUUAUUGACUGCACUGGGUGGAUUUGGUCUUAACUACUUAAUCAGGCGCCGAAUUCUACAAAUCCAGCUACUGAAAGGACCCAGCAAAAUUGUAUUGACUCUAGACGAACUUGUAUUCAUAAAUCCAAAACUAAGUACAGCGAAACUGAGCAUCGAAGAACAUAAUGACUCCAUUUCCAAAAGUUUAUCAGACGCUAAAAGCCUGAAAUCAUUGGCACAAUCUAUGUCAACAAAGAGCAUAGCAGCAGCGACCUAUGAGACCUCCAACAUAGCCCUCUAUGAGGGUGACUGGGUGUGGUUAAAGAAACUUGUUCCAGGAGAAGUCCCUGAACUGAAUAAAAGUGCUACAAAUUUGCUGACAAAGAUGAAAGACCUUCGUAGUGAGAAUGUAAACCCCUUUACUGGAUUCUUCUCUGAAGGUGGAAAAUUCGCCAUCGUAACAGAAUAUUGCUCACGGGGAAGUUUGGAAGACCUGCUGAGAAACGAAGACGUUAAAUUGGACUGGAUGUUUAAGUCAUCGCUUGUGCUGGAUUUGAUUAAGGGAAUGAAAUACCUUCAUCACAGAGACUUUCCACAUGGACACCUGUCUUCUCGAAGCUGUGUUGUGGAUGGUCGAUUUGUAUUGAAAAUCACCAACUAUGGAUAUUGUGAGCUAUUAGAAAUACUGAAGGCACAUCACAGGCAAUCAUCGCCUGAAGAACUAUUCUGGACAGCACCAGAAUUACUGAGGGAGAGGGAUGUGCCCAAAAAAGGAACUUUGAAAGGAGAUGUGUACAGCUUUGCGAUUAUUCUCCAAGAAGUGGUGGUUCGUGGACCACCAUAUUGCAUGCUUGGACUCUCACCCACAGAUAUUAUCAAGAAGGUAAAAAAGCCUCCCCCUUUGUGUAGACCAACUGUGUCUGCAGACCAAGCCCCACUGGAAUGCAUUCAGCUAAUGAAGCAAUGUUGGAGUGAAAUACCAGACCGAAGACCUUGCUUUGAUGAGAUUUUUGAUCGGUUCAAAACCAUUAACAAAGGAAAGAAAACAAAUAUAAUAGAUUCCAUGCUAAGAAUGUUGGAACAGUACUCAAGUAAUCUUGAAGACUUAAUCAGAGAAAGGACAGAAGAGUUGGAAAUUGAGAAACAGAAAACUGAAAAAUUGUUGUCACAGAUGCUGCCACCGUCUGUUGCUGAAUCCCUUAAAACUGGUGGUACUGUUGAACCAGAAUACUUUGACCAGGUCACCAUCUACUUCAGUGAUAUAGUUGGCUUCACUACCAUCUCUGCACUGAGCGAGCCAAUUGAGGUUGUUGACCUUCUUAAUGACCUCUACACAUUGUUCGAUGCUGUUUUGUGCAACCAUGAUGUCUAUAAGGUAGAGACCAUUGGGGAUGCCUACAUGGUUGCAUCUGGAUUGCCAAAACGCAAUGGAAACAAACAUGCUGCAGAAAUUGCCAACAUGUCCUUAGAUAUUCUCAGUGCAGUAGGGACAUUUAAAAUGAGACACAUGCCAGAAGUUCCAGUUAAAAUACGGAUAGGUCUGCACUCAGGGCCAUGUGUGGCAGGUGUAGUUGGCCUCACCAUGCCCAGGUACUGUCUAUUUGGAGACACAGUAAAUACAGCAUCGCGAAUGGAAUCCACAGGCCUGCCUUACAGAAUUCAUGUCAAUCAAAGCACAGUAAGACUACUGCAUAAUCUGAAGGAAGGUUAUAAAAUAGAAAUUAGAGGAAAAACAGAACUGAAGGGUAAAGGCAUUGAAGAGACAUACUGGCUCACAGGAAAAGAAGGGUUUUUGAAACCAUUGCCAAAACCUCCAGAAAUCAAACCAGGGUAA